GUCGGAUACCCUCGGGCCUCUGGACAAACCUUCCUAGCCUAUCAUGCCUAAGCUCGACAUCAACAAAGCAGGAUGGGAACAGAGCGAAUUCCCUAUCCUGUGCGAAACUUGCUUGGGUGACAAUGCCUUUAUACGCAUGUCGAAACAAGAGUUUGGUCGCUCUUGCGGAACCUGUGCACGGCCGUUCACCGUCUUCCGGUGGAACCCUGGCAGUGGCGCACGAUACAAGACGACGGUAAUAUGUCAAACAUGCGCGAAGAUCAAGAAUGUCUGUCAGACCUGCUUGCUAGACCUGGAAUAUGGUCUGCCGACACAAGUCCGUGACACCGCUCUGGGGAUACAGACCGAGGCACCCAACAGCGACAUCAACAGAGAAUACUAUGCGCAAAACAUGGAAACGAAGUUGGAAGGCGGAAAGCCUUCUCUUGACGCACACCGUGCUCAGUCAGCUGGCAAGGAGAUGUUAAAGUCCCUUGCACGGACAGAUCCCUAUUAUAAGCGCAACCGUCCACAUAUCUGCUCCUUUUUCGUCAAGGGGGAGUGCAAACGUGGUUCAGAAUGCCCAUAUAGGCACGAAAAGCCCGUUGACAGCGACCUGGCUAAGCAAAACAUGCAAGAUCGCUACCAUGGCCGUAAUGACCCAGUUGCGCGCAAAAUCAUGAGCACACACGCCAAGAACCAGGGUUUGGCGCCUCCGGAAGAUACGUCCAUUACGUCGCUAUUUCUCACCGGGCUUCCUGCUACUGCAACGGAAGAGACCGUGCGCACGCGGGUAGUGAAGUCGCUCCCGUCCUUGAACCCUUCGUAUAUCAAGUCCGUCGUGCAUGUUGCGAAGUCGAGAUGCGCUUUCGUGAACUUUACGGACCGUCCAUCUGCGGAGCUCGCUGCACAAGCUUGGCCCAAUGGUCUUGAUUUCGAUGGUGAACUCGCCAAUGUAAAAUGGGGUCGCAGCAGACCAGCGAAAGGCGCUGCCGGUGGAGGUGUGGCAGGACCUUCCACCACGGUACCAGAGCCGAUGCCAGCUUCAUGAGCCUUGUUUCGUUGUACUCCCGUUAACAUAUUCUGUACACCUAAACCAUGUUAUGUACAGAUAUGCACAACAGUCCGGCAACAUCAUAAGUCAUACGCGAAUUAAGAGGUCAAUGUGAAACAGCCAGAUCCCGACCCUGAAGACCGCCAGACGCUCCAUUCAGUCCCAGUCGUCCUCCUCUUCAUCGUCGUCAUCACUGUCCCUCAUAUUCUCGUUCCUUUUCAAUAAGGCAGCGGCCAGGGCGCUGGUGAGGUCACCACCUCCUGCACUCGAGCUGGCUGAUUCCUCUACAGCAGGUGACAUAGGUGCGCUUCGCGAGGGCGAGCUCGAUGGAUCGGUCUUCUUCAGAGAAUGGAUACCUUUGCCUUGAAUGGAUGCAAGCAAAUCGGAGCGACCAGGCUGAGGCGCCGGCAGAGUUGGUCCUGAACCACCUCCCGGCGGUGGAGGUGG